GCAAAGAGAGUCAGUACAAUCGGUCUUUGAUUAAAUUUGCAAAGUAAAAAAUAUUAAAUUAUAAUAAAAAAGGAUACAAGAAGGCAGUUAGUCAAUGUGAUAUGUUGUGCUAGAAGUGAACCUUCAUCUAUAUAAGUGCACAUCCCCGGAGCAAGGUGAAAAGAAAUUUGCAUGAAACACCAAAAAUCAGAUGAUGUGGGCGGAUUAGAGCCGCAUUAAAAGUUCUUAUUGAUAACAAAUUAAGAAAAUUUGGAAAUCCAAACAAUUAUUUUGCCCACACUGACAAAGAUGAAUGAACUUAAGGCUCCCUCACUGAACUCAUUGCUGGGUUCAGAUCGUGGCUCCACAGACAGUUUGCUGGCCGAAUCAUUGAUUGAUGUGGAUGAGUUGGAUGAUAUUGAAUAUUCCAUACCUCCAGCAGGAGUACUGCCCUCUCUGGAGACCGUUUUAAGUGAAUUUGAAGCAGACUCAGACAUUGCCUCCGAAUUGGGCAUACCCACCAGUACCCCUACUCCCUCUAUAGCCGAAGAAGGUAGUGUGCGUAUGAGUGGAACCGGUGGGGGUGGAGGCGGUGGUAGUAUUAUGCGCUACACAAUGCUUCAGGGAGUUUCUACACAAGUGUCUUCAGCAGCAGAUCGUAUAAGUGCCGGUAUGGCCUCCUCAUGUGCAGUUUGCAAUCAUUAUUAUGCUGUGGGAACAUCCCAUGGUCACAUACUCAAUUUUGAUGCAACUCAAACCCUACGCUGGGCACAUCAGGACAAAAAUGGUCAAGGCGCUGUCUCGUCCCUAUCUUUUAAUCCGGAAUGUAACAGAAUUUUGGCUGGCUUUGCCCGGGGGUUGGUUCUAAUGUUGGACACACAAACGGGAGAUGUAAUGAGACAAUUGUUCGAUGCGGUUACACCUAACACCGGAAUACUGCACGUUAAAUGGACUUCGCGUGCCGCUAUGGCCUUAGCCGCUGACUCUGGUGGUUCAGUGUGGUCAUUGAGUUUUACACGUAAAUUGGGUGUAAGAGGCUGUUCCUCCCGUUGCCUUUUUAGUGGCGCCCGUGGGGAAGUUUGUGCCGUCGAGCCAUUGUUGAGUCAAACUGGAGAACAUCAUGACCUGGAUCAAUAUUCCAUAGUUGCCUUGGCUACCCUAUCCAAAUAUUUCAUUGUUACCAUCAGGCCACGUUUGAAGGUGAUUAAGUAUCAUUUGUUGCAAGGACCACCCGACUGCCUACCGGUUUUGGCCUGGCAAAUGGUCCUUAUACAAGCUGCCGAUACCACCAGAUCCGUAGAUCCAGUCCUUGUUGUGGGAAGAGGCAAUCAGUUGUUCUUUCAUCAGCUUUUCAUAUCCCAUGGUCGUAUAACACUAUUGCUGUUGAGGCACAUUAACAUGCAAACAAAUAUUCUAUCAGCCCAUUGGCUGGGACCGAAGUGUGUGGGCUGUGUAGACACCGCGGAGAUAUUGCAUUUACUCGAUGUACGGACCAGCAAAGAACUGGAAUGCAUUGAUUUGGGUAAUGCUAGUAUGGUAUACGGUUCGGCGCAAUUCAAAGGCUUGGCCACGGGGGGAAAUGUUUCGCCAGCUUUGGCUUUGGCAGGAACCCAUGCCUGUUACAACUCUCUGGCUGCAAGAGGCGUACAACUAUACGUACUGGGAUCACGAUCAAUGCAUUUAAUAGGCGUCCGAACUUGGAUGGAACGCAUCACGUAUUUGGUGAAAAAUCAUCGUUGGCAAGAAGCAUGUGAUUUAGCUCUGGAUGGCUAUAGGGCUGCUGGAGAUCGACCCAAACGUAAGCUUCAGGCAAAAGAACGCAUCAUAAUGCUAUUUAAAGAGUACAUUGCCGCCUCUGCCAGAGCUCCGGACUAUUGUUUGGGUGCAAUAAUAAAAUGCCUCAUUAUUGUUGACGAGCUUGAUCUUUUAUGGACUCAGCUGUGGGAACGUUUGCAAAACAAGGAACUCUUUCUGCACCACAUUACUGGACAUAUCGAAAACGAUGACAUACGCCAAGUAAACCCCAUUAUAUCUCAGGCUUUAGUCGAGUAUUGGCUUAAGAUUUCGCCCAAGAAACUAGAGGACGUUAUUUUAAAAAUGGAUUGGACAUGUUUAGAUUUGAAUCAGGUCCUGAAAGCAGCUCGAAAAUAUAAACUUUACAAAGCACAAAUCUACUUGAACGCCAAUGCGUUGCAUGACUACACAAUGUCUUUGACAGAAUUGAUUCCUUUGAUCGACAAGGAGCCCACUGAUCUGGGAAACUGCAUUUUAGUAUAUAUAUCAAGUUGUUUGGCCGGCAGGGGUUAUCCACAAGGCGACAUACCAGAGGACCUAAUACAAAAUGUAAAACAUGAUGUCCUAAGAUGUCUAACAUCUAUACAUUCCACUACAAGCGAGCCCGACGAACUACCAUAUCCUUAUAUGAGAGCCCUACUAAAGUUUGAUACUCGUGAGACUUUAAAUGUGAUUUCUUUGGCUUUUCAAGAAAAGGAGUUUAGUGGCGAAUUAGGUUACUCACAUCGUAAGCGCAUCAUAAAUAUAUUGCUGGAAAUUAUGACACCCGAGAAAAAUACGUGGUCCGAGAUUGGCUGCCUUCUCAAUUUUAUAGCCCAACAAAUAUCAGAUGCAUGCCUUCCCUGCGACUCCCAACUCUUAGAAAAGGUUUUGAAUUAUUUAUCCAUGGAAACGAUUGAAAACGAAACUACCAGGCUGCAUUCCGAGCGCGAAAAUGCUUGGUACGAAUUGCUGGUAAACAAUUGCCUUAAUUCCAUCAGCAAUGAUGAGGAACAACUAAAUAUGGCUAAAAGGGCGCGCUGUUACUACGUUCAAGAAUAUUUGCUCGAAAAGCUGCAACGGUAUGACGAAAUCCUGAGUUGUUACAUCAACAAUACGCUGCGUCAUGAAAUCAUGUUCGUUUAUAUGGAACGCUAUGCCAAGGAUGCAAAUCGUAAAAUAUAUCCCCAAAUAAAAAGUAAUUUAAGGCAAUUGCUGGAAAUUGAUGGGAAAGAAACAACUCGAAUCGUUGACCUAUAUUAUCGAGAUAAAGUUGAUGAAUUGUUGGAGUUAUUGGUGAACGAGGAGAAAAUUCUCUUCAUUUUUCUUAAACAGUUGCAGCAGAGAAACGAUGAUCUAACACCUGAGCAGUGUGAGAAACUAUUACAUUUUUUGUGCAAGUAUGAACCCGCUCAGGUGGAGGAAUUUUUAAAAGCCUCCAAUUGUUACCGAAUUGAUGCGGCUUUACGCUUAGUAAUCGAAAACAAAUUAUUGCCAGCCGCUGUUUUCCUGGCCGAAAAGAAAGGCGAUUACAAAGCCGCAUUCCAAUUUGCCAUGGAAUUAUUGAAAUCUUUAACCCCUGACGAAAUGACCGAGUACGCAAAGUCAGUUUCCGCUCUAUGUAGCCGCUCUUCGUUAGCCAACAAGUCUAGUUUAAGCGUAAAGGAACGUGAAUUGCUAUGGUUUGAGUUGCUAAAGUAUAUACUUCCCUUGGAGAAUUUGAAAAGUAUAACGAAAACUAUGUUACACGAAGCUUCCCAGCAUGUUGAUCUUACAAAUCUGGUACAGUUGGUAAUGAACACGCAUAAUGUUUCGGGCAAUUUUGGUGAUAUUAAAGAACUCCUAUUGAGUAUGCUAAAUCAAUCAAAGGCAGAAACCAAUGCAAUGGAAAUUGCAAUGCGAAUUCUUGAAAAAGAAGUUGCUGAAAAACUACACACCCAGCAAAGGAUUGCCUCACGUGGUCUGCUCAUUACCAUGAUGCAUUGUGUUGUGUGCAGGCAGCGUUUGUACAAUGAAGCCGCCAUAAUAAUAGGCGCCUGCAGCCAUGCAAUGCACGUCCAAUGCUCCCAAGAUUUCCAAAAGCAACACUUGAGAUAUGACGAAGAGCAAGACAGCCCCUCCACCUCAUCAAGCAGUAAAAAUUUUAGCCAGCUCUCAAACAAUCUCAUGGAGGACAAUACCGUCGUCAUGCAGUGCCCGUACUGCCUAUGCUGUAUCGAUGAGCAAGUAAUAGCAAAACCUUUGCAAUUAGCCAAAACUAGUCAUAAUUUUAUCAACUUUAGCGACAAAGAAUCCAUUACCAGGCACAACGCCUCCCAUACACCGCCAUGCAAUGAACUUGGUGUUUUACACUUGAAAUCGCCACCUAGAAAAUUUUAAUUCCAAAACUACCUACGUCUCGACUAUGUGCAAAAAUGUAAUAUUAU